AUGGAACAUAAACAGUCCAGUGUUGAGCAAUAUGAGAAAUUUACAUGGAAGGUUGAAAACUUCUCUCGCUUGAAAAAUACGGUUUGCUCAGAGCCUUUUGUCCUGGGCGGCUAUCCAUGGAGGAUUAAACUGUUUCCAAAAGGGGACAAAGUAAAGAACGUCUUAUCUAUUUAUUUGGAGGUUAUGCAUACUGCCAAUAUGUCUGAGGGAUGGGACAGAGAUGUCAAAUUUAAACUACUUCUAAUCAAUCAACUCGAUACGAGCGAGAAGAUCUCAGAAGAAACUAGCCGUGAAUUCAGCGCACAUUACAAUGGCUGGGGAUUUAAGUCUUUCAUUAGGUUAACUGAGCUCCAUGAUCCUGCGAAGGGUUAUAUUGUGAAGGAUGCUUGUAUUUUUGGUGCUGAAGUAUUUGUUUCUGAAUCAACGAACGAGAAACCAGUAAAUUUUGAAAGUCAAACUGGUCACAUGGAAGUCCAAAUUCCAGAGCCAAAAAUCACAAAUCAGGAAACUCUUUCAACAGUUUCUAAUUUAGCUUGCAUUGAAACUUCUAAACCAGCUGACGCAGAGUUGGGGUAUGCUGCAAUGGGGAAAGUUAUAUAUUUCCUUAACACUAUAAAAGUGAAAGACCUGAACGAACAAGCAUGUAAAAAACUUCAAGUUUUAUGGGAUGAACUUGACAAAACAAAAUUUGAUCUUACUUGGCUAGAACCACAAGUUCAAUCUGCUUUAAGAAUUAGAAGUUAUGUGGAGAAAGCUCUGGAGGUUGAAAAAUUGAAAGGUAAUGUUGCAGUUCAAGAGCUGAAAAUAGAGACGCUAAAGGCAAAAUUGGCUGCUGCGGAGAUAAAUCUUGAGAUAGAAAGAGACUUGUUGAAAGCUGGAGGUAUCAAAGAAAGAGAUUUGAAUUCUGAAUUGAGUAUUGGAAGUUGGAAGUCAUAG